AGACAUGGUGAGUGAGGUUGUGUGUUGCGCUUCCGUCGGGACGAGUCAGGGACGAGGCCGGAUAGGGUAAUAUUGAGCCGCUCCGUGAUCAUAGCGUGGUUUAGCGAGUAUUGGAGAAUGGUUAGGUUAAGGCACGGGCUUUGGAAGGUUUCUUGAGGGCUCCCAGAGUCUGCAAUGUUACUCAGCGUUUUCUGCAGACCGCGCGGGCGCGGCGUUUAGUUUUAUCCAGGCUUCCUCCUGUCCAGCGGGCCCCAGGAUCCGAAGGCCCGAUUUCUCAGUCCCUCAAAACCAAGCCGGUAGGCGGUACUUUCCGCUUUCUAUAUACAUAUACAAACGUAUAUUUUUUAAAUGGCUCUUUAGACUCGUGACUGGUGUGGUAGUUAAUUUUAAAUGAAACGUAAAGGAAAUCUUUUUGGUCAUUAGCAUGAUCUCCUUAUAAUGAAUAUAGUUGUCUCAAUCACGAAGCUCUAGAUAAGUGGGGCAUUAGAACAGCACCCUCAUCACCUGGGGGCUUGUUGCAACUGCAGAAACUAAAGCUGGAGAGGAUGAGGCUAAAGGGACUGCUUGAGCAAUGGGAUAACUUUUGGGGUGUGUAGAAAGUGCUUUGAAAACCCGAGUUUCUAGGAUUAAUAGAAUUAUUACUCUUUAAGAGAAAGGUAAGCAACAUGUAAAGGUCAUUUUUCGGGUCUAUGAUGAGCUGGCAUGUAUUCUGAAUCCAAAGUUGAUUACGACUAUUUUAGCUCUAGAAUUACUCUGAGACCUGAAAGAUACCUGAAUCAAGGGCAUUAAGUUCAGAUGUGUACUGAAUAUGCUCUGGGGUCAAACAUUAAGAGAUAAACAUUUAUGAAAUCGCUACUUUUAUUUUUAAAGGGCACACCACAGAAGGAUGUUACUAUCAAGUCAGACGCACCUGACACCCUUCUAUUGGAGAAGCAUGCAGAUUAUAUCGCAUCCUAUGGCUCAAAGAAAGAUGAUUAUGAAUACUGUAUGUCUGAGUAUUUGAGAAUGAGUGGCAUCUAUUGGGGUCUGACUGUAAUGGAUCUCAUGGGACAACUACAUCGCAUGAAUAGAGAAGAAAUUCUGACAUUUAUUAAAUCAUGUCAACACGAGUGUGGUGGAAUAAGUGCUAGUAUCGGACAUGAUCCUCAUCUUUUGUAUACUCUGAGUGCUGUCCAGAUUCUUACUCUGUAUGAUAGUAUUAAUGUUAUUGACGUAAAUAAAGUUGUGGAAUAUGUUCAGAGUCUACAGAAAGAAGAUGGUUCUUUUGCUGGAGAUAAUUGGGGAGAAAUUGAUACAAGAUUCUCUUUUUGUGCAGUGGCAACUUUGGCUUUAUUGGGGAAGCUGGAUGCUAUCAAUGUGGAAAAGGCAAUUGAAUUUGUUUUAUCAUGUAUGAACUUUGAUGGUGGAUUUGGUUGUAGGCCAGGUUCUGAGUCCCAUGCUGGGCAGAUCUAUUGUUGCACAGGAUUCCUGGCUAUUACUAAUCAGUUGCAUCAAGUAAAUUCUGAUUUACUUGGUUGGUGGCUUUGUGAACGACAGUUACCUUCAGGUGGACUGAAUGGAAGGCCAGAGAAGUUACCAGAUGUAUGCUAUUCAUGGUGGGUGUUGGCUUCCCUAAAGAUAAUUGGAAGGCUUCAUUGGAUUGAUGGAGAGAAACUGCGUAGUUUCAUCUUAGCAUGUCAAGAUGAAGAAACUGGAGGAUUUGCAGACAGGCCAGGAGAUAUGGUAGAUCCUUUUCAUACUUUAUUUGGAAUUGCUGGAUUAUCACUUUUGGGAGAAGACCAGAUUAAACCUGUUAGUCCUGUUUUUUGCAUGCCUGAAGAAGUACUUCAGAGAGUGAAUGUUCUGCCUGAACUAGUGAGGUUUAUACUUGGGAAACAAAAGAUCUUAUGCCGAAAAUAUACUCACAUCAAAUUUUAAUUUUGGUACAAGCUCAUCUUCUGCACGAGACAAUAAUUAUCCUCAAACACUCAAAACUCCAUUGUCUGCUGGAAAUCCCCAGAGAUCAGGUUAUAAAAGUUGGACAC